ACGGUGCAUGCCGGGAAUUGUAGUUCCCGGUGUCUCCGGUGCCGGUCCCGAUGGCGGCGGCGGCGCGGCUGCUGCCGCUGCUGCUGCUGCCGCUGGGCUGGGUCCGGCCCGGCGCCUACACCGACCUUCCGGGCAGCGGCUGGCUGGCGGGCACGGUGCCGGAGGAACCACGCUGCACCGUGGAGCGAGCCGAUGCCUCCCUCACCUAUUCCCUCUUCCUGCAGCGGUUCGCCUUCUCCCGGCCCGUGAUCCUCGGUGGGGUCACGGACAAUUCGGCGUUCCGAGCCCUCUGCACCCGGGAGAAGCUGCUGGCGGCCUUCGGGCCCUUCCCGGUGCGGCUCAGCACGGCCAACACCUACUCGUACCGCAAAGUGGAUGUGCCGUUCCAGGAGUACGUGGAGCACCUGCUGAAGCCGCAGGACCCGGCCCGGCUGGGCAGCGACACCCUCUACUUCUUCGGGGACAACAACUUCACCGAGUGGGGCCCCCUCUUCCAGCACUACGUGCCCCCUCCCUUCCGCAUCCCGGGCACCAGCCCCGCCUACAGCUUCGGGAUCGCAGGCUCAGGCUCUGGCGUUCCCUUCCACUGGCACGGCCCUGGCUUCUCCGAGGUGAUUUUCGGCAGGAAGCGCUGGUUUCUGUACCCGCCGGAUCGAACGCCGCACUUCCACCCCAACGAGAGCACGCUGGCCUGGCUCCAGCACACCUAUCCCACGCUGCCCCCGGCCCAGCGGCCGCUGGAGUGCACCCUGCGCCCCGGGGAGGUCCUGUACUUCCCUGACCGCUGGUGGCAUGCCACACUCAACCUGGACACCAGCGUCUUCAUCUCCACCUUCCUGGGCUAGGGCUGGCAGGGACAAGGACACGUCCACACCACCGUCCCAGCCAGGCCAGGAGCUCCAGCUCCUGCCACCCUCAGGGACAGGCCACUGGUAUUGGGACCAAGUGCCUGCGAAAGUUCUGGUUUUCACUGGUCUUUGCCCUCCCCUCGGAUUAAAGCUGUUCUA